GUCGCUCCUGUCCGGUCGUGCUCUCUAGGCCGCACCUUCGGUGCCACAUGGGAAUGGGUCCGCCGGUAGUCUGUGUUUGAUGGCGGGGGUCUGUUGCUCUCUAGGCCGCACCUUCGGUGCCACAUGGGAAUGGGUCCGCCGGUAGUCUGUGUUUGAUGGCGGGGGUCUGUUGCUGUUUUGUUCACGCCAAAGAGAUCUCAGGCUGUAGCUACGACUUAGGAUACCAAAUAAGGGCAUUAAUUUGCUUGCUCCCUUCAAUGGGUGUGGGGCACCAAUUCCACUGGAUCAGAGCGUGGUAGAAUGGGAGCUUGCGGACCUGUCAGUUAAUAAUGUAAUUAAAUGCAAUCGUUCUGUUUGCAGUCCGUCAGUGAAAAGUCAAUCAUAGCCGAAACCUUACUCUGCUAUCUAGAUCAGUCAAGACAAAAGCGCUUGUGGGUCUGCAGGUGUCAGGAUAGAGUAAAUAAACCAAUUUAUAUACUGAUACUGGUAUUUAUUUGAACAAAUGAAAGUAUAUUUGCAUCUAAAUACUACUAUUAGUGAUAUAUCUCACGCAUGAAAAUUCUAAGCUUCGGAGCGGAAGAAGGAAAAUUAGGAUUUACUGAAGAAUUAUUGGUGAUCAUUUGAAAAUAAAACGUUAAGCGAAAACAAUUGCUGAAUAUGAACAAGGAAACUUUGAACACAGCACUUAGGUUUUUCCAAACUGAAAGGCCUUCUUACGAACUGUUUCACGAAGGUCGAAGACUCGAUUACCUACGCAAAAAUGAUCUGAGUUACUCUGAGUUUUUCCGAGAUUUUCUGCUUCCUAAUUACCCAUGCGUUCUGUCACCCGAGUUCACAGCUGACUGGGGAAGCAGACAACAGUGGGUGAAAGGGGAUGGGAGUCCGGACUUCGAACACUUGCUGAAACACUUUGGAGAUUCCAUCGUACCUGUGGCCAACUGUGAUGUGAAGGAAUAUAAUGCAAAUCCAAAGCACAAUAUUCCUCUAAGGGAUUAUUUCAGUUAUUGGAGAGAACACAGGGAGAGUAGUUAUUCAUCUCCACGGGGUUGCUUGUAUAUGAAAGACUGGCAUAUGCACAGGAACUUCCCCAAUCAUGGAGUGUACAAUACACCCAACUUCUUCCAAUCUGACUGGCUGAAUGAAUACUGGGAUACUAUCAAACUGGAUGAUUAUCGUUUCAUUUACAUGGGUCCCAAAGGAUCUUGGACACCAUUCCAUGCUGAUGUAUUCCGAUCCUACAGCUGGUCAGCCAACAUCUGCGGGAGGAAGAAAUGGCUACUGUUUACUCCUGGGCAGGAGGAACAUCUGCGAGACUGCAGUGGCAAUCUUGUUUAUGACGCUCAGUCUCCAAUCCUGCAGGACAAGAAUUUAUAUCCAAACUAUAGCCAGUGCUGUCAACCCAUUGAGGUGGUGCAAGAAGCUGGAGAGGUCAUCUUUAUCCCUAGUGGUUGGCACCAUCAAGUAUACAACCUGGAGGACACCAUCUCAAUCAACCAUAACUGGCUGAAUGGCUGCAACAUAGACAUUAUGUGGAGCUUUCUACAAGGGGAACUAACAGCUGUCCAGCGGGAGAUUGAGGAGUGGAAGGACCAUAUGGAGAAUUGGCACCAACACUGUCAGGUACUAUUGAAAUCAUGCACUGGAAUCAACUACUGUGAAUUCUACACCUUCCUGAAAAUAAUUUCUAAAAAUAGGAUGGCCGUAUUAGAUGCUUCUUCAGAAGGCAGCGCUCCUCUUAAAAAUGUAUUUCCCUUAGAAUUGUCUGCACUUGGGCCAUUUCACGCAGUGUUUGAUUUAUACCGAAGUGAAAGUGUGCUAACUUCAUUGCUUGCCAAUGAGAUCUUUAAUAGACUAGAUACAGACUUGCUAGAUCCUCGGCCUGAGGACAUGUUACACGAAAUUCGAGAAGUAUUGGAUGCUACCUCAUUGUAAUGUUCUGCUUUUAUGUGGCCAUUUCUUGUAAAGUUACAUUCUAACCUCCCUUAUGAUGUGAAGGGAAAUCACAAAACGGGCUUAAUGCUAAGAAGAUCGGAGUGAGAAGAAAAUGGUCAGUGUCAUACUCAUUGUUUACCUGUUGCAAGCUGGCAUAUGGAUUUGGGCGGAAUGCACAAGUACUGUGACAGUAGGUAAUUAUGUAAUUUUCCUGGCAAUCCAGAAAAUAAAGUGUCAAAUCCCAGUGAUGUUCAAACAUUGGAUUGUGUGGGGAAAACAAAUCUGGAAAUGAAAGGCUUUAGCUAUUAAAACAGUGGCCGUGAAACUGCAAGAGAAACCAAACUGACUUACUGUGCUGCCAUUAGCAGGAAAUCUGUAAUGUGGCCAUCUUGUGAUUCUGCAAUACUCCUUUAAUUGAUCUGGUGAAACGCUCAGAUAUAUAAAAAAUAAUUGUUGUAGCUGUGGUGAACUACAUAUACCUGUCUGGACUGCUGACUGCUCCUGUGGCUCCUCCCACGGACCCCUGUAUAAAGGCGAUUGGAGGCACAGCCCCGGCCUCAGUCUCCAGGAUGUUGUGUGGUGGUCACUUGCUGUUUGUUCUUUCUUCCAGCCAAUAAAAGCCUAUAUCUCGC